AAUAAAUAUAGUCAAUACACGAUCGUAGCAUUUCAAGCUUUAAAAGUGACAAAAGUGAGAACAAAAUGUCGCGAAAAUGUCUUCGAAUCGUUACGAGGGAUGGCUUGAGACACAUCGAAAAUAGUAACAGACUUGGUCGAGUGACAUUCAAAAACUCGUCCAGAGGCAAUAAUUUUCGAAGUUUCAGCAACCACCCAGUUAGCCUUUUAAAACUUAUGGAAGACGAUGUCUCCAUGGAAGGUGGCAGCAGUAGUGGUCUGAACAACAACAACAAUAACAAUAAUAAUAAUUAUAAUAAUAAUAAUAAUUAUAAUAAUAAUUAUAGAGGUCGAGGUAGAGGAAGCUACAGAGGGGGUCGAGGAGGAGGAGGAAGUGGGGGUGGAGCCAGAUCUAACAAUGAAAUUCCAUUCUCAAAAUCAGGAUGGUACAAAAUUACUAUACCACACGCCAAGGACCUGGACAAAGAUUUCAUAAUAAAAUCCAUCAAUGGCCUACUGAAGACACCUAUGAUGCCGUGGAAUUUCUCUUAUGAGAACAAGAUGGCCACUUUCAACAUAAAAGGCACAGAGGAGGCCAGGGCUGUAAAAGGAGUCAGCAAAAGAAUUACAACUCCUAACGGCUUUAAGAUGAUAAUAUUGGUGGGACCGUGUGCUAUGCCGCCUACGGAUAUCAACUCUGCUGUUGUUGAAAAGAUGAAAAUUGUUAUGAGCCGGAGGUAUAAAGCCGAAAUGUUCUUUCUGGAUCUCUCUUCAUUUGCUAAAGACCCUGAAUUUCUGAGCCAAAACAUCAACCUGAUGAUGAUGAGGCCUAAAGUUAUAAACAAUGUAUUGGACAUCAUCGCACAGAAUAUUCCAGAGAUUAAAGUGUUAGAUUUAAGUGACAACGAGUUGAAUGGAUUAGGAAUUCUAUCCACAUUAUCAGAAAAAGCUCCAAAUUUGAUGUCGCUAAAUUUAGCUAAAAACAGACUGACUUCAGAGUCAGACCUCAUUAGCAUAAAGAAGCUGAAACUGGAGGAGAUAAUGUUGGAGGGAAAUCCAUUGCAGCAGAGAUUCAAAGACAAACAACUGUACAUACGUGCUGUCAGGCAGAAAUUCCCAAAUGUUCUAAGAUUGGACGGACAGACCCUACCUCCACCUAUCAAUUUUAACGUCGAGCCUACCGAACUUCCCACCACUAAGGGUAAUUAUUUCGACGAUGACGUCAUCAGGGCUCAAGUCUGCCUCUUCAUUGAACAGUACUACAGCUUGUAUGACAACGGAAAUAGGGAAGGCUUAGCUGGAGCUUACCAUGAUCAAGCUAUUUUCUCUGUAUCAGCUUUCUUCAAUAGGACCCAAAUCACGAACCAAUCAAACUUAUCAGAGUACAUAAAGAUCAGUCACAAUUUAAAGAGGAUUGAAGACCGAGAGAAGUUACUGCGAGUUAGAUCAGGGCGGGAGGAAAUAAUCAGCACGUUAAAAAAACUUCCACCGACCAAUCACGAUCCAAAUUCAUUCGUUGUUGAUGUUGUCCAUGUUGAUUAAUAUUCACUUUGAAUGGAGUUUUCAUCGAAA